AUGAGUGCCAAGAAAAAGAGUGGUAACCCCAUUAUCGACUUCACUGCUGGUGGCAUUGCUGGCUGCUGUGAAGCACUGUCUUGCCAUCCUCUGGAUACAAUCAAAGUUCGAAUGCAGCUCCAGGGCCGAGCGGUUGCUGCCGCAGAGCAAGCGGCCAAGGCAGCCAAGGCCGCGGCUGAGCAAGCUCUCAAAUCCGGCAACAAGGCCGCUGAGGAGGCCGCCUUGAAGCAAGCUGCGGCGGCAAUCCGCCCUGCGCAAUCUGUGCAAAAGCGCGGUUUCAUCGGCACUGGCGCCUACAUUUUCAAGAAGGAUGGUGUGCCUGGCCUCUACCGUGGUCUCGGUGCCGUCAUUGCCGGCAUCACGCCCAAGAUGGCCAUCCGCUUCUGGUCGUUCGAGGAGUUCAAGCGUCUCUUCACCUCCAAGGAGGGCAAGCUGUCCACGGCCGGCAUCUUCUUUGCUGGUAUCGGUGCCGGUCUCGUCGAGGCCGUGCUGGUCGUCAACCCCACCGAGGUCGUCAAGAUUCGUCUCCAGGCCCAGGCCCAUUCGCUGGUCGAUGCCACUGAGGGUCCCAAAUACCGCAACGCUGCCCACUGCCUCUACACUGUCAUCCGCGAGGAGGGUAUCAGUGCCAUUUACCGCGGCGUGGUCUUGACCGCAGCCCGCCAGGCUACCAACCAGGGUACCAAUUUCACAGUCUACACGUUGCUCAAGGCCAAGCUUGUCGAGACACAGCCCCAGUACAACGGCAUGCUUCCUGGCUGGCAGACCUCCCUCAUUGGUCUGAUUUCCGGUGCUCUUGGCCCUAUGUCGAACGCUCCUUUGGACGUUAUCAAAACCCGCAUGCAACGCGAGCGCUCUAAGCGGACCGAAAGCGGCCUUGCUCAGUUCACCCGCAUCGCCAAAGACCUCGUCCGCACCGAGGGCGUCGCCGCUCUUUACCGUGGUAUCACCCCCCGCGUCAUGCGUGUUGCUCCCGGCCAGGCCGUCACUUUCACCGUUUACGAGUGGGCUCGCAGCGCCUUGGAGAAGGUCCCUGGCCUCGCCCCUAAAAAGCCCUUGGCUUCUAGCUGA